AUGUGCAGCGAGGCCGUCCCAGGGGCCAGGAGCUGCGAUUGGCGUCUCUGCGAGGCCGAAGGAGCAGCCCCGGCAGGAGCAGUGGGGCUGGGGGUGUGUCGGGGCCCCGCGGGGCUGUGCCUGGGCUGGGUGCCAGGAGGAAACCUCAGGCUUCCUGGCCGGGCGCUGUGGGGGAAGCGCAGCGAGUGCUGCGAGGCCGCGGGGGCUGCGGUUUGUGCAGCUGCAGCUGCAGCUCCCGAUGCAUCUGCCUGCAGGGAACAACGGCCCCUGGGCCCAGGGCCAGUGGGCACCAGCGUGCUCAUCGGGAUACCUCUGGCAAUUCGGUUUCUUCACGGGUGCCGCUGGGACGAGGGGCAGAAGGUGCUCAAGGGAGUGGAUGCUGUGCCUGUGUGGGUGGGAGAGGGAGGGGCUGCAGAGUUGAGGCUGGUGGAUGGCGGCAGCCGCUGCGCUGGAAGAGUGGAGGUGGAACACGAGGGACAGUGGGGCACUGUGUGUGAUGAUGAAUGGGACUUGAAAGAUGCUGCAGUGGUUUGCAAGCAGCUGGGAUGUGGGUCUGCUGUUGAAGAGGAUGAAGAUUAUGAGGAUAAAGAUUUUGGGCCAGGAUCUGGCCCUAUUUGGUUGGAUGAUGUUCAGUGGUUUGUCCGGCUGGUCGGAGGGGACAACGACUGCUCAGGACACGUGGAGAUCCAUGAUGGGGAGAAGUGGAAAAGUGUCUGUGCCUCAGCCUUUGGUCCCAGAGCUGCUGCUGUGGUCUGCAGGGAGCUGCAGUGUGGGGCAGCCCUGAACAUCCAAGGGGUAGCUCAUGAUGGAGCCAGCGCCGGUGCCAUGUGGGACAGAGAGCUGCAGUGUGCAGGGAAUGAACCCUUCCUCCAGUUUUGCCCCAGAGGCCCCUCCUGCGACCAGCUCUGCACCCCCAGAGCUGCUACUUGGCUGAGCUGCACACGGUUCAGGCUGGUGAACGGCACCACGGCGUGCGAGGGGAGGGUGGAGCUGCACGUGCAGGGGACCUGGGGCAGCCUCUGUGCCUCCCGCUGGCACCUCUCUGACACCCACGUCCUCUGUGGUCACCUGGGCUGUGGCUUUGCUGUGUCCCUUCCCAGAGGAGGGAGUUUUGGGAGAGGAAUGGGCCCCGUCUGGAGAGACUCGUUCCACUGCAGUGGGACUGAAGCCCACCUGGGACAGUGCCCAGUGACCGUGCUGGGGGCCUCCCCGUGCUCCCAUGAGGAUGCUGCUGCUGUCAUCUGCUCAGGCCCCGCUGGCUCCGGGUCCCUGCGGCUGGUGGGGGGAGGGAGCCGGUGCGCCGGGCGAGUGGAGAUCUUCCAGCGCGGGACGUGGGGCAGAGUCCUGUCUGAGCAGUGGGACGUGGCGGAGGCCCGUGUGGUGUGUCGACAGCUGCGGUGCGGAGAGGCAGAGACGGCCUACAAGCCGCCCACGGCCGAGCGAGGGCCGGGCCCCGUGGGGCUGCGAGGGGGUGGGUGGGCAGCCGGCCCCCGCCGCCAUCUGGGCUCCGUCCCCGCCGCAGGGAGCCGGCGCGUGCGGCUGGCGAACGGGCCCGGGCGCUGCGCCGGGAGAGUGGAGAUCUACUCCCAGGGCAGCUGGGGCAGGGUCUGCGACGACGGCUGGGACCUGCCCGAUGCCGCCGUCGUGUGCCGGCAGCUGGGCUGCGGAGGGGCCGUGGGGGCGCCGGGUUCUGCUGCCUUUGGGGAGGGCUCCGGGCACAUCUGGCUGGACGGCGUCAACUGCUCCGGGGCCGAAGCCGCUCUCUGGGACUGCCCGGCCGGGCCCUGGGGGCGGCACGACUGCGGGCACAAAGAGGACGCCGGAGCCGUCUGCUCAGAGUUCACGGCCCUGAGGCUGGAGAACAGCGACGGCUGCUCCGGGCGCCUGCAGGUUUUCUACAACGGGACGUGGGGCAGCAUUUGCUCCAACUCCAUGACCCCCAAAACGGUGUCACUGGCAUGCGAGGAGCUGGGCUGCGGGAAGGAAGGGACCCUGGAGAUACAAUGGCCACGGGGCAGAGUGUCUGGCCCCGCCUGGCUGGACCGUGUGGAGUGUGAGGAGAGACACGGCUCCUUCUGGCUGUGUCCCUCCGCUCCCUGGAACCCGCGGUCGUGCGACGAGCUGCGAGAUCAGCCCCUGUGCCAGGCUGCCCAGGGAGGGACACGGCCCAAAAUGACCCCAACCCCGGGCUCCGCGUGCCCCAACGCCACGAGCUGCACAGACAGGGAGAGGAUCCGCGCCGUGGGAGGAGAGGACGGCUGCUCGGGCCGGGUGGAGCUGUGGCACCGCGGCUCCUGGGGGACGGUGUGCGACGACGCGUGGGACGUGCGGGAUGCCGAGGUGGCCUGCAGGCAGCUGGGCUGUGGACCCGCCGUGGCCGCCCUGCCCGAGGCUGCCUUUGGGGAGGGCACGGGCCCCGUCUGGCUGGAGAAGGUGGAGUGUCGGGGCACAGAGGCGGCUCUGCAGCACUGCUGGGCCUGGCCCGGGGACCGCGGGCUCUGCCGGCACAAGGAGGACGCGGCCGUGCGCUGCGCGGCUGCGCCCAGGACAGCAGCACCGACCCCUCGAGCAGAUCCCACUCGGGGCCGCCCGACCAGCAGCAGAAGCGUCUCGUUGCCCGUCAUCAUGUGCAUGAUCCUGGGAGCCCUUGUCUGCCUGCUGCUGGCCCUCCUGGCCUGGAGAGUGCUCAGCGCCAGGGCUGAGCGCAGAGGCUCCCAGACAGCCCUGGAGCCCUUCCCUGAGGCCGUGUACCAGGAGAUCCAUUACAGCCCAGUGUGGGAGGAGCAGGCGAGAUUCAAGCCAUCAGGCUCCUAUUCCGAGGAGUCCCUGACCAAGCUGCAGCCCCACCACAGGGACAGCGAGGAGGAAGAUGGUCUGGGGUCAGCACGAGACUCGGGAUGGACAGUGGUGCACCUGAGUGCCACCAUCAGAGUUGGGGAGCAGAUGGGGAUCUCCUGUUCUGCUGCAGCCACCAGUGUCUGA